AGAUUCGCCGCAUUCAAUCUUCUCCGACAACCAAAAAGCAGCAACAAGAGCGACAACUCAACGCAGUAUUUUAAAACAUCGAGCCAUUUGAAACAAAGCAGAGCGCGGCAGGUUUUUUUUCUGAAAAGCUCAAUGUCUGAGUCGGGUGCCACCAUCAGUCGUAGCAGCGAUGACGGGACUCCUGCUCGCCCCGCGUACGCGCUGAGCUCGCAAUGGCCGUUUGGCAGUGGCGGGUACCAUCCGUCGCAACCAGCACCCCUGCAAGCUGUGCAGACGCAGCCAAAGUCCCCCGUUGCCAGCCUGUCGUCGGCACUGGCGGUGAUUCACUCGGACGACCGCGACCGGGACCGAGCGAGCAGCAGCGGCAGCGGCAGUUCGACCGCCGCGCUCCCGUCCGCGUUGGCUUCGACGACCACUGCCGCUGCGUCGGUUGCGGAAGGGCACCGACAGUCGCAAGCCAUGGCGGACUUGUGCGGCGGCGACUGGGAAAGCCUCGAGUACGAGGACGCGCCCGCUCAGGCCCAGCCGGCGUACUUUGACGCGGUGGUUGUCGCCGCGGACGCCGACGCGAGCAGCUCCAGCAAGAAGCGCAAGGGCAACAAGAAUAACAACCACAACAACCACAACAACAACAACAACACCAACAAUAGCACGAACAAGACUGCUGCUGUCAAGGUUGGCAAGAGCGCCAAGGACAGUGACAAGGACCCAGCCAAGGGACGUUCAGCAAACAGCAGCAAGAGCGAGAAUCACACUCAGCCCGCUGCUGCCACCGCCACGGCGACAAUCAACGAGGAGCUCCAGCGCAUCGAAGCGCAGUUUCUCGACCAGUUUCAAGACGCCCCGCACUUGUUGUCGGCUUCUGCUGCCCAUGGAUCGACCGACAGGAUUUCAAGAACGUCACCGACGAAAUCGUACAGUUCGCCCAGCAACAGCAGGGCAAAUGCACACUCUGGCGCCGGCACCCCACCGCCGCAGCCCGCUCCUGCGGCAGAUCCUCUAAAACCGAGAAAGCGCGAUUCGGCGCGACCAUCGACACGACUGGUCAUGGCUCCAACGCGUUCUGGCAGCUCGGAAUCGGCAGACGUUCCCAUUUCUGCACCGCCACAGCUACAAUCUCGCGCCCCGAUUCUUCCACCAAGGCGACAGCUGGCUCAAAUCGAGUCCAAUCCUGAUGGCCGUGAUGGGUUUCCUCGCGAGUCGUUUGCACCCAUCGAUGCCGCAGACGCGAUGGAGGAGCCGGCGUCACAUCAGCUUGCCUCCACCGAGGAGCAAGCGCCAGACGCGCCAAGCAAGCGUUCGACCCUUCGGCGCUCCUCCAUGUCCACUGCCAGCGAAUUUGUUUUAUUGAGCGGGGCACGCAAGUUAACAGUCCUCACGUACAAUGUGAACUGGGGAUUUUGUCGAAUGGGAAUCGCGUCCCAGAAGGUUGUGCAGAUUGCGCACGGAAUUCGCACUUCCGGCGCUGACAUUGUUUGCCUGCAGGAAACGCACCAUGGGUGGGAGCAGUUUCUUCGGUCGUCCUUGCGCGACAUUUACCCGCACAUGAUCUUUCGUCACCACGACACUGUGCUCCCUGAGUCGAACAGCGUGUCCAGCGCUGGCGGCCAGGGGUUUUUAUCCGUCCAUCCGUUGCACGAGCUCUGGUAUGAGCAGCCGCCCGUCGCUGGCUCGUUCUUCCCGGGCUGGAUGGUCGAGCUUGUUGUUGAAGGCCAACCUGUGCAAGUGUUGAAUGUGCACCUGCGUCCUCCAAUCUCCAAUGUGCAUAAGCCGUCCUUCCGCGCGCUGUUCCAGACAUCCAGCAUUCGUCGAGCCGAGCUUCAAUUCUUUUACGAUCGCAUGAAACCAAAGCCUGGCUCUGCAAUCAUUGUAGCGGGCGACUUCAACGAGGGCCACGACGGCGCGGCUGUUGUUUGGCUCAAGGGCGGGCGCGGGAAGGAGCCGUUGAACGAUUCGUUGAUCGAGUUCCAGCCAAGUUGCAAAACGUGGAAAUGGCCUCUUCGAUUUGGUCUCUCACUCAAAGGAGCAUACGAUCACAUCAUGUAUUCUCCAGAGACCAUUCGAGCCUUGAACUGCCGUGUGAUGAGCGAGUACGAGUUGCUCUCGGAUCACAUCCCCGUUGUGGCCGAGUUUGCCCUCCUCGAGUCACGUCCGGGUGGCACACAACCUGCAGAGGCGGAGCAGACACAACCAUCUGCACCGCCAUUACUCACACAUGCUGUUGAUCAUCCCGCGACAGUCCAUCCGCAUGACAAGGCUGACGCCUCGUUGCACGUGCCAGGAGCGCAGAACGUGCCAGGUAGUUCACACUCUGGGCAUUCUCCUUCGGCACUAUCGCCCUUCCUCGCCUCAUUCCCCCAGAGUCCCUUCCGUGCGCUGCUUCACCACAAGUUCCACACCCCGUCCCCCGUAGCUUCAAGAGGAGCCUUUUUCGAGGGUCUGGCCCCAUUGGCCAUCCCGGCUGCGCAAGAGUAUUCCCUGGACGAAAGCCUUGCAGACGACGACGGAGGCACGCCGCAGCUGCACAUCCCGACCUCCGAGGGCUCGCUGCGGCGCAUUGCCUCGGAGGGUGCUCUCGAAUCAGCCCUCUUCAGUGCCAUGCAAGAUUCUGCCCACCCCGGCGACUUUGAGGGGGCCCACCAAGACCCGUUCGGGCCCGUCAUUCUGCCCUCACGACGGAGCGGGUCGGAUUGGCGCAUUGCUCGUCCUUCCACAACCGAUGCGAGUUUGAAGCCUUCCAAGCAAACGUACAUCCAGACGCCAGCCUCGUCUUCGACUGGAUCAUCGGCCCCGGAUUCGCAAUCGCGCAAAAACAAGACGGAUGUCAUUUCGAAUCUGGAAGUGUUUUGAGCCCCAUCUAACCAAACCAAAGCGGGUGGCUUUUGAUUUUUCGUUUUCUGUCGCUUUUUCCUUCUUGACAGUUCCGCCCUUUUGUUAUUCGUGUUAUUCCUGUACUUUUCCCUCCCUUGCAAUAUUCCUUGUACUUUGUGUACUAUUCCUGCAAUACCAUUAUCGUUUCUCGUUUGAGGCGUUUUUGUCCCUUGUUUUCACACCAAAAUCUCAGUUCGAUUCGAC